CACAGAUCUACCGUACCGAAUGAUGACAGGACCAGGAAAGCUGAACAGAUGUGAUAAGAUUAGGGCUACCCAGAUCCUUGCUGCGCUGCAGCUGCCAGGAUGAUUAUCAUGACCCAGGUCAUUUUAGCUCGCUCCAUCAAAUCUCUCUGGAGUCCGAGUAAACUGUUACGAUGGAGACACUUCGCCUUGAUGUCUCGGGAAACCACAGAAUGGCUUGGGGGCACGCCUCACCAGAAAGAGACACAAUUGCUUUGUCCCACGGCGCUUUGUCCUCCAGCGAGCUCCAUGAAAGAGCCCUUUCACCAUCAAGCCCAAGGGCACACCCGCACAUAUGAAUAUAUAAGCCCCCUUAGCAUCUCCAACAACUUCAUAACCAAACAAACCCCAGCACCUUUGGCCAUACAUAUACUCAACAACGGAAAAAAAAAUGAACCCAUUACCACCCAUCAAGCGCCACUUCUUCGGCGAAUCCUCCUCCGAGGACGAAGUGGACCGCACGCGGAACGAUGACUCCGACGAGUAUCAAUUCAAGGACUUCUCAGACGAGGACGCCGGCAACGACUCCGACCUCGCCUCGGAAUACAACCCGGAGCCGCUGCCGCCGCUGGACGAGGGCGACACCUCCUGGAAGGAGUACGACCCGGACGAGAACUACUGGUACGUGGGGACGGAGUUCCUGGACCGCCAGUCGACCCCGUCGCCGACGCUGGUAGAGGCCCGGGAGAAGGCGGCGGCGCGAAAGGCGGCGCGUCGCAGGAAGAAAGCCGAGGCGCGAGCAGCGCUGGAGGAACACCAACGGAGACGCGCACAAUCCCCGAUCGAGCCGCUGCUGGCCGAGCUCGACGAGAAGCUGGAUCGGUGGGAGGUCACCCUGGCCCUGCACCGGGCGAUCACCUUCCUCGAGGAGGGCCAGGACCGCGAGGCCGAGCACUUUGUCCUCGAGGCCUUUGGCAUCGCCAACCGGCUCGGCAACCCGGUGUGCCUGGCGCGGUGCCAGUACUGGCAGGGUAGGGUGGAGUACUUUCGCGAGAACUACCAGGAGGCGCAGCAGUGCUUCCAGGCGUGUCGGGAGGGGAUCCUGGACGCGCCGGAGGGUGAGACCAUCAAGUGGUACCUGCGGGUGUCCAGGCCCGGGCUGACCGAUGAAGAACGGCAGCAGAUCGAGCAAUCGGAGCAGGAUCGAGAUCAUGCUCAUGACUUGUAUGGGUACUCGCCGCAGUCGACUAGUCCUCUUUCCGCGAACUUCCAUUUCCCCCAUCUUCAGGACACCGAGCACACAUGGGGGGAGGAGGGGGACGAGGAGGGGGAGCUACCCGGUGAAGCUGUGCCUUAUGAGACCGAUGAAGAACAGCAGCAAACCGAAAAUCCGGAGCAGGACCGAGAUCGAGCUCACAGCUUGUAUGGGUAUUCGCCGGAGAACGCUAGCCCUGUAUCCGCAGACUUCCACUUUCCCCCGCACACAUGGGGAAAAGAAAAGGAGGACCGGCGGCCACCCAAGGAAGCAACCCCCGACAAGGACCACGAUGACGGUCGGCGAAGACUUCUAACUCCCAAGUCCCGCCUGCCAUUCGUCGCGGGGGAGUUCGACUCAGACGGACUCCAGCUGCACCGCAGCCAGAAACAUUUCACGUUCGAGAUGUACCCGCAGGGCAUGGCGCCACGGACCCGACCGACCAACAUCUUCCCCGAGCAGCGCAACGAGAUCCUGAUGUCGGAGGAGAGCUGGAAGGCGUUCAACGAGUACGUGCAGGACAAGGGCGUCACCAUGAGCUACCUGGACCGGGAGGGGCAGAAAUACCGCGAGGCGAUCAAGCGGAAGAAUCGGGCAGCAUGGGCUGCGUGGGCGGCAGAGAAGAAGAUCAAUACUUGUACCCUGAUGUAGAAAUAGCCUCUUUCUUUCUUCCGUUAGUGCUCGAAAAGAAGUUAUUUUAGAAGGUGUGAUCCAAGUUGGGGAUUAACCCAAUGACUUGAGACCUUGCCUGAUAUCAUCGUCGAUCCAACAAGCCA